CAUCUCUGAAGUGAUUCAUUGAUGAGGCAAUUUACAAGAAAACAAGGACGUUUUAGUUAAAAACAACAUUUGUAGAUUAAAAACAAAUAAAUUUUUCUUCUUUUCUUAUUUCUAAAAAACUAUCAAACUGGGGAACGAAAUGUCGUCGCAACAAAUGGAAAAACAUUUAUUCAAUUUAAAAUUUGCUGUGAAGGAGCUGGAACGCAAUAGCAAAAAAUGUGAGAAGGAAGAAAAACUCGAAAAGGCCAAAGCCAAGAAGGCCAUACAAAAGGGUAAUAUGGAUGUGGCUCGAAUACACGCCGAAAAUGCAAUACGACAGAAAAACCAGGCAGUUAAUUACUUGCGAAUGAGUGCAAGAGUUGAUGCCGUCGCUAGUCGUGUCCAGUCUGCAUUGACUACACGUAAAGUAACUGGCUCUAUGGCUGGUGUUGUAAAGGCCAUGGAUGCUGCCAUGAAGGGAAUGAAUUUAGAAAAGAUAUCCUCCUUGAUGGAGAAAUUCGAACAGCAAUUCGAGGAUUUGGAUGUUCAAAGUUCUGUUAUGGAAAAUACCAUGUCCGAUACCACAACAACCUCAGUGCCACAAGGUGAUGUUGAUAAUCUAUUGCAACAAGUGGCUGACGAAGCUGGUCUGGAACUAAAUAUGGAACUGCCCAGCGGUGUUCAAUCAUCGACAAUUGGAGCCUCCACACAAGUAUCACAGGAACAAGAUGAGUUGACUCAACGAUUGGCACGUUUAAGACAAGCUGAAUAGAUGUUGGUUGUAUCUGCAAUAUGGAAUUUGAUUGUUAUGCUUGUCGUCUUUCGGGCCCGUUAGGGAUGUAGAUUUUAUAGUUUGUAAUUUAAGUUCACUUCUCACUGUCUAUAAUAAAAUUUGUAAAAGAAGCUUUUAAAUGUAUACAAAUAUAUUCAAAAUGGAAUGCGGAAUGAUCACAUUGCACUCCAUUGAAGCGGAAAA